CGAACACCAACACGAACCUGUUUUAAGAGUGCUGACCAAGAACAAGAACUGCCUGGUGACCUCAUAGAAUAGAUUCUGUAUACCUUAUAUUAUUCUGUGCUGUUUCCUUUUGAAAUUUUGGGCAAAGGAUUAAUCAAAACAUGAGAGAAAUUAUUCACUUAUCUACAGGUCAAUGUGGUAAUCAAGUUGGUGCCGCGUUCUGGGAAACUAUAUGUAACGAGCACGGACUUGAUCCAAAUGGUAACUACCAUGGAACUUCCCCAUUGCAAAAGGCGAGAUUGAAUGUUUACUUCAACGAAGCUUCCAGCGGGAAGUACGUUCCAAGAGCAGUUUUAGUUGAUUUGGAACCUGCCACAAUUGAGGCUGUCAAGUCAUCGAAGUAUGGUAACUUGUUUAGACCUGAUAAUCUGAUCUACGGUCAGACAUCGGCUGGUAACAACUGGGCAAAGGGUCAUUACACAGAAGGUGCAGAAUUGGUAGAUUCUGUCAUGGAAGUCGUUAGAAGAGAAGCGGAAGGCUGCGAUUCUUUACAAGGUUUCCAAAUCACGCACUCUCUAGGUGGUGGUACUGGUUCUGGUAUGGGUACCCUAUUGAUCUCUAAGAUCAGAGAGGAGUUCCCUGACAGAAUGAUGGCCACCUUCUCGGUGAUGCCAUCGCCUAAGGUGUCAGACACCGUUGUUGAGCCUUAUAACGCUACCUUGUCGGUUCACCAAUUGGUAGAAAAUGCAGACGAGACAUUCUGUAUUGACAAUGAAGCAUUAUACGACAUUUGUGUUAGAACUUUGAAGAUUCCUCAGCCAUCAUACGACCAUUUGAACAAUUUGGUUUCUUCGGUGAUGUCUGGUAUCACAACUUCUUUACGUUUCCCAGGGCAAUUAAACUCAGACUUGAGAAAAUUGGCUGUUAAUUUGGUUCCAUUCCCAAGACUUCAUUUCUUCAUGGUGAGUUACGCUCCAUUGACGGCAGAAGGCUCGCAGUCUUUCAGAUCCUUAACUGUUCCUGAAUUGACACAACAGAUGUUUGAUCCUAAAAAUAUGAUGGCAGCUUCCGAUCCAAGAAAGGGUAGGUAUUUAACCGCUGCAGCAUUUUUUAGAGGUAACGUAUCAGUCAAAGAGGUUGAAGACGAGAUGCAUAAGGUUCAAACCAAAAACCAAGACUACUUUGUGGAAUGGAUUCCAAACAAUGUUCAAUCUUCGGUUUGUUCUGUUCCACCAAUUGGGUUGGAUAUGUCUGCUACUUUUAUUGGAAAUUCGACAUCUAUCCAAGGAUUGUUUAGAAGAGUUGGUCGUCAAUUUACUGCUAUGUUUAAAAAGAAGGCUUUCUUACAUUGGUACACAUCCGAGGGUAUGGACGAAAUGGAAUUUACAGAAGCUCAGUCCAACAUGAAUGAUUUGGUUAGUGAAUAUCAACAGUACCAGGAUGCAUCGGGCCUUGACGAUGACCUUGACUACGAUGAACAAAAUCAAAUGGAUGAAAUCUAAAAAAUGCGUCAAUCAUUGAUCUUUUUUCUAUUCUUUUCUCUGUCUUCUAUUCACCUUGCCUUCAUGAUCUUUUAAUUUCCCCCACUUUCUUACUCCCUUUUUUAUUUUACUAAACUACACCUUUUGAUUCCACCUUUUUUAUUUCUUUUUCUGGCUUUUUGAGAUGUGUUCUGGUCUUUUAGAACUAUUUGUUUUAUAUAUUUAUUCGGAUCCAGUUCAAACCCGAUAUCCCACCCUCUUCUCUUUUUCUGACCGGUUGAUAUCUCAAACGGUCUAUCCUUUCUCUUUUAAAUGUAUCUCUAUAAUCUAAUAAAUUUAUAUUUUGGCUCUUAUGCGCAAAUUGAAGAAAUAAGAACUAGUGUGAAAGUCAAAGGCGUGUCUCUCAUCUCUCUCUCUCUUUUUCUCGG